UCGGUUAAAAUCGAAGCGGCAGUCGUGCGAUCGUCAUGCUGACGUGAACAACGCAACCGUGACAUACGUAAGACGACUGUAGUAUUUUUUGAACUAGGAACCCUGUGACAGAUAACCUAGUGAUUAGAUUGAAUUCUUUAAUAUUUCUCCAUCCGGAAAAAUACGCGAAAAGUUUUUUUUUAAGACCAUACAUGGCGCUUCCUGUAGAGAAUGGCGAUCCUUCGUUGUUUUUGAUAAAAGUAUUGCCCGGAUUUGAUGUUAAAAAAACGUUCGACUACGAGCAGUUCCGAACACUCUGCGUCCGAUUGUUCAGCGAGUACGAAGUCGAGCAGGAUGAGUGGAGGGUACGAGAGGUCUUUGAGCUAUUUGACGCAGACGCGAACGGUGUGUUGGACAAUCAGGAAAUACACAGCUGCUGUAAUUGGAUACAUGCGAUUGUAAAUCCCGUCAAUGUUUUGCUCGUCGUCGAUGUACAGAAUGAUUUCAUCGAUGGCACGCUGGCACUUCGAAAAUGCGGCUUUGGGCAGGACGGGUUGGAAGUGGUGCAACCGAUAAAUCGGCUUUUGAAAGAGGGUCGCUGGGACAAAGUGAUAUAUACACAGGAUUGGCAUCCCGAGAAUCACAUCAGCUUCUUUGAAAAUUUGGCGAUGCGCGAACUUCACCCAAAAUCUGAAAUCACUAAGGAAACGGCAAAACCCUUCGACACCGUCGUUUUUUUGCAACCUCAUAUAACGCAAAUACUUUGGCCAAAACACUGUGUUAAGAACACCUGGGGCGCUGAAUUGCAUAAAGAUCUACUAAUAAUACCUUCUUCUGAACGGGUACAUAAAGGUCAGGACCCAGACAAAGAAUCAUAUUCAGCAUUCGAAGAUGCGGAAGGUUCCUUGAAACUUAAAAGAAUUUUGUCGGCCGUUGGCGCUACGCACUUAUACGCCUGCGGCAUCGCGUAUGAUAUAUGUGUAAAGCAGACAUGUUUGGAUUGCUUGCGGUUGGGUUAUCCCGUAGCUGUGAUUGAAGAUUGCUGUCGUAGUGUAAAACCCGAUAGCGAAACGACUACAACAUAUAUUGAAAAUGGCGCUCUAGUAGAGCGGUCUGACCGUAUUCUGUCUUUGGUGAACGAUGGCAAGCACAGUCUGGUGAUGGCGCAUCAAGCCGCAAAAUUUAUAAAUCAAACAAAACUUCAUAUUAUGUAAAAGGUGAUACUAACUUGCCGUUACCGAUGACGGUCUGUUUGGUGUCUUGUUGAACCGGUCUACCACUGUUGAACCAAACCCAUAAAAGCCCUGGA